AGAGGAGGACAUGCAGAGGCGGGUGUGACGGAGCAUGUGAGAUGGAGGCAGAAGAUCCUUAAAGAAGAGGGACGCCGCUGAGGGAAGCGGUUAUUCAGUCAGCAACAUCGUCACUGUUAUCAGAACGAUCAUGUUUUGACUUAAUCAGUUUUGGUCCACACGGGGUUCCGUAGACGCCACAGUGAAAUCAGCUGACAGGAAGAUCAUGUGACGAAGCCGAGGGUUUGCAGCUCCUGACUUCUGAUCUGACCAUCUCCGUAUUUUUGCAGGACUCACAGACCUUACUAUGAGGCUGGUCAUUCUGGACGACUACGACCUGGCCAGUGAGUGGGCAGCAAAAUAUAUCCGCAACAGAAUAAUCCAGUUUGAGCCCUCUGCGGACAGAUUCUUCACUCUCGGCCUGCCCACAGGCAGCACUCCUUACGGCUGUUACCAGAAGCUCAUUGAAUACUACAGAAGUGGAGAUAUUUCAUUCAAAUAUGUGAAGACCUUCAACAUGGAUGAAUAUGUAGGUCUGCCUCGUGCUCAUCCGGAGAGUUAUCACUCCUACAUGUGGAACAAUUUCUUCAAGCACAUUGACAUCGAUCCAGCCAACGCUCAUAUUCUGGAUGGAAAUGCAGACAACCUGGAGGCAGAGUGUCAGGCCUACGAGCAGAAGAUUGCUGAAGCUGGAGGGAUUGAGCUGUUUGUUGGAGGCAUUGGCCCUGAUGGUCACAUAGCAUUCAACGAGCCCGGCUCCAGCCUGGUUUCCAGGACCAGAGUGAAAACCCUGGCAAAGGACACCAUUGUGGCAAAUGCACGUUUCUUUGGCAAUGACCUCUCCAAGGUUCCCACCAUGGCUCUGACUGUGGGCGUAGGAACCGUCAUGGAUGCCAAGGAGGUGAUGAUUCUUAUCACAGGGGCACACAAAGCCUUUGCUCUGUACAAAGCCAUAGAGGAGGGAGUGAACCACAUGUGGACAGUAUCAGCUUUCCAGCAGCACCCGCGCACCAUUUUUGUCUGUGACGAGGACGCCACCUUGGAGCUCAGGGUCAAAACUGUGAAAUAUUUCAAAGGUUUAAUGCAUGUCCAUAAUAAACUGGUGGAUCCAGUGCUCAGCAUUAAAGACCAGUAAAAGAACCAGUGACUAAGGAAGAGAACUGAAGACGUGACUGUGACGAGUGAUUGCUGGAUCCAACAUAACUGUUCCAUAUCUGAGGAGCUGAUGAGCUAGUGCUUGAAAUGAACUGUGCAUAUUGUUCAUUCAAAACUUGAACUGACUUUGAAUUUUAUUCCUUCAGACUGUUAUUGAUUAAUAAUGAAAGGUCACUGUUCACGUAGCUUGCAUUUGACAUGUAGUCAAGACACAGGUUCACCCAUAUGAGGUGUUUUGUUUAAUAUGUAAAGAAACAGGAUUAGUUCUUCUGUUUAAAGUAAUGAAGCCCUUAAAUAUUGGUUUGGAGGGUGAAGUCCUUAUUCAUCCCCCAAGUAGUGGUUCAACAAAGGAAGCAAAUCUGAUAUGUAUGUUGGUAAAACCAAAUAAACAUGAUAAACAAACAAACAUAUAAACAGGAGUGGUUUUGAUCUGAUGUUCAGACAGCUGAUGUCUCUUUACUGCAUUUGUUCAGUCUUUGGAGCAGAUGAGAUUUGGUUUAAUGCAUUUGUUAGUAAAACUUCUAAUGAGAUGAUUCCUCAUAUCCUCUCGACUACUGCAACUGACCUUGGUCGCUAAACAGCCGGUAGUAGCUUGAUAGUGAGAAACUGGGAAUCCCGAAUUUCCAGUUAAAGAGCCAGUCUGUUUACAGGAACAUCAGUUCUAGGCUGCAGCCUGUGAUGCUGAUUUCUGAUUGGCUGAGCAUUUCCUGCCAUAAAUAGCACAGACUAUGACUCAUCAGGGGGUCGUUUUGACU